UGUUUUCUUUACUGUAAAACCCUAAAAUUUCCGUCAUUCUGAAAUUAGGUUAAGCAGCAUCGUUCUUCCAGCAGUACCAAUCAGCAAAAAUGGUGAAGGGUCGCCAAGGAGAACGCAUCAGACUUUACGUCAGGGGAACAAUCCUUGGAUACAAGAGAUCCAAAUCAAAUCAGUACCCAAACACAUCCCUGAUUCAAAUCGAGGGAGUGAACACAAAGGAAGAGGUAGCGUGGUAUGCUGGAAAGAAAAUGGCCUAUAUCUACAAGGCUAAGGUGAAGAAGAAUGGUACCCAUUACCGUUGUUUAUGGGGAAAGGUUACUAGACCUCAUGGUAACAGUGGUAUUGUUCGUGCUAAGUUCAAGUCCAAUCUUCCGCCUAAAUCAAUGGGAGCACGUGUGAGAGUGUUCAUGUAUCCAAGUAACAUAUGAGAGAUUUACGUGUUUCUCAGCAGAGUUGUCAGCCGAUUUAUCAUUACAAAGCUUUUUGUUUCAUUUCGAUAGAGUUUGUUGUCUUCUCUGCAUUAGUUUUUGAGAAUUUGUCUUUUGUUUUAGACCAUUAUAGAACCAAAUGGUAUUCUCUUUUGUAUUGGCUAUUUUCUAUGAAGCUUAUAUAUUCGGGAUUCUGAA